AUGCUCGCCGAGUAUGCCAUUCUCCCUCCUACGCUGGUCCUCCAAAAAUCUGGCAACAUUUCUUUCACUGCGGCGUCCGGUUUGGCCGCAAAUCGAUGCACCGCUCUGCAGUUCUGCGACAUUUCGGGCAUGAAAAAGGGGGACAAAAUCUUGGUCAUUGCCACCUCCGGAGGCCCAGGGUUUCUGAUCGUACAAUUUGCGCGAGCAGUAGUGGGAAGUGAGAAAAUCAUCGUCGGUACCUAUUCGGCGUCGAACACAGACCUCUUUAAAGGCUUGGGUGCUGAUGAGGUGAUUGAAUACAGAUCACACCUCGAACUUCCCGAAUACAUCGCUCUGCAUCGCUCCUUACGGCCAUUCAACAUCAUAAUCGGCAUCGCAGGCUCCGAAGACUUGUGCAAUGAGAUUCAGGAAUACUUGAACCCCGGCGGCAUUUUCUUGCAGUGGGCAGGAUGA